AUGUUAUUUGCAGAUGAUAUUAUAUUGAUCGAUGAGACGCGACGCGCGGUGAACGCCAGGUUAGAGGUUUGGAGGCAGUCCUUGGAGUUGAAAGGUUUCAGGUUGAGUAUGACCAAAACAGAGUACUUCCGACUUCUAUAUGACACUAAGGGUCGCUUCCGUCUCCACUCACUCAGGGAUGAGGAAGCCAAGUUCAAACUUUGCAAGGUUCGAUCGGUGCAGUUUGGACAGAAGGGCAUCCCAUAUAUCAAGACUUAUGAUGGAAGAACAAUCCGCUACCCGGAUCCCCUCAUCAAGGCCAAUGACACCACCAAGCUGGACUUAGAAUCCAAUAAGAUUGUCGAUUUCAUCAAAGUUGAUGUUGGAAAUAUGGUGAUGGUGAUUGGUGGUAAAAACAGGGGACGUGUUGGUGUUCUUAAGAACAGGGCGAAGCACAAGGGUAGCUUUGAGACGGUUCACAUUAGAGAUUCCCUGGGGCACGAGUUCGCUACCCGCUUGGGAAAUGUGUUCACUCUUGGUAAAGGUACCAAGCCAUGGGUGUCUCUACCUAAGGGUAAAGGUGUCAAGUUAUCUAUUAUUAAAGAGGCUCUCAAGAGACUGGCUGCUCAAUUAGCUACAGCUGCUUAAAAAGGCC